UUUAUUUUGUAUUUUUUUUAGGUUAUAGGCCAAAUAUUACGAUUAAUUUGUUAAUAGGUAUAAAAUAAGCAUCGAAUAUUAUUGUGGAUAAUGUUGAAAUUAAGCAGGGCAAUUUUUGGGGUUUCCAGAAGGUUUAACUCCACAGACUUAACCACGGUUAAAUUUGAUGAUGGAAUUAAGGAAAUCACACUUUGUCAUCAGAAAACAAGAAAUGCACUAUCUAUUGCUAUGAUGCAAAACAUCAUAGAUAACAUAUCCAAAGAAAAUAAUAACAACUCUUUGCGAAUAAUAAUAAUUUCUGCCGAAGGACCGAUUUUCUCGGCAGGACAAAAUCAAAAUUUCAAUUUUCAGACGGAAGAAUCGGGAAAAUUGAAGCAGUUGCAAGUUUUUGAUUUGGCUUCCAAAUUAAUGAACUGCGUUAUCGACUCGCCUGUGCCAAUUGUUGCCAAAAUCGACGGUCUUGCAGCUGCAGCCGGCUGCCAACUUGUAGCCCAGUGCGAUUUGGCACUGUGUACCGAAAAAAGUACUUUUUCCACGCCUGGGGUAAAUUUCGGUAUUUUUUGCUCCACCCCGGGCGUGGCCUUGGCGAGAACAGUCCGCAAAAAAACAGCCCUAAAAAUGUUGCUAACAGGUCUACCAAUCACGAGUCGAGAAGCCUUAGAAUCAGGGCUGGUAACCUCCGUAUGCAAGGACGAAAAAACCCUAGACGAAGAGUUAAAAAUUAUGACCGAUUCUAUAAAGGCGAAGAGCCGUUCUGUAGUAGAGCUGGGAAAACGAUUUUUCUACGAACAAAUGAGUUUGGAGGUUAAGAAAGCCUACGAGGCGGGUGGUUUAAAAAUGGUACAGAAUUUACAGAUGUCAGAUGGUAGAGAGGGGAUUAAAAGUUUUGUGGAGAAGAGAAAACCACUUUGGAGUCAUGAAUAAUAAUUAAAAAAAAUAUUUUGUAAAAAUUGUUUUAUUUAUGCCCUUGUGAUUUUUUAGAUUUGGAACUGGUAUAGGAGGCUGUUUUUUAUAUUGUGAAUGAGCUAUAUUAUCGAUUUUCAAACGUCAAAUAAUUUUUUUGAGGUUAUGGG